UUAGCCAGAGACUCAGAGAUCCAGUUUAAUCUGAACCAACUUGAACAUGAUGUGGUUGCUUUUGUUGUGCUGUGGCUUGACUUCAGCCGAGAUUACUUUAUCUUUAGAUUUUCAUUCUGAAGCAGAGGUAUGCACUGCUAAUUUGUGUACUUUGGUCAAAGAGUUUGGUGCCAUGAAGGAAAAACUCACUGCUAUGGAAACCAAGCUACAGGAGAGCAGGAAUCAGAUUCGUGAACUGAAGAGCACAGAGUUUGGUGCCAUGAAGGAAAAACUCGCUGCUGUGGAAACCAAGCAAAAGGAGAGUGAGUAUCAGAUUCGUGAACUGAAGAGCACAGAGAUUGGUGCCAUGAAGGAAAAACUCACUGCUGUGGAAACCAAGCAACAGGACAGCGAGAGCAGGCUGAGGGAGAGUGAGAAUCAGAUUCGUGAACUGAAGAGCACAGAGUUUGGUGCCAUGAAGGAAAAACUCACUGCUGUGGAAACCAAGCAACAGGACAGCGAGAGCAGGCUGAGGGAGAGUGAGAAUCAGAUUCGUGAACUGAAGAGCACAGAGAUUGGUGCCAUGAAGGAAAAACUCACUGCUGUGGAAACCAAGCAACAGGAGAGUGAGAAUCAGAUUCUUGAACUGAAGAGCACAGAGUUUGGUGCCAUGAAGGAAAAACUCACUGCUGUGGAAACCAAGCAACAGGACAGCGAGAGCAGGCUGAGGGAGAGUGAGAAUCAGAUUCGUGAACUGAAGAGCACAGAGAUUGGUGCCAUGAAGGAAAAACUCACUGCUGUGGAAACCAAGCAACAGGAGAGUGAGAAUCAGAUUCUUGAACUGAAGAGCACAGAGUUUGGUGCCAUGAAGGAAAAACUCACUGCUGUGGAAACCAAGCAACAGGACAGCGAGAGCAGGCUGAGGGAGAGUGAGAAUCAGAUUCGUGAACUGAAGAGCACAGAGUUUGGUGCCAUGAAGGAAAAACUCACUGCUGUGGAAACCAAGCAACAGGACAGCGAGAGCAGGCUGAGGGAGAGUGAGAAUCAGAUUCUUGAACUGAAGAGUAAAGCACAAACCAAGGUGAUCUUCAGUGCAGCCAUAGGGGGAAAUAGCCAACACAUCGGACCUUUUGAUACUGACACAGUUUUAAUCUACAAAACGGCCAUAACAAACAUCGGAAACGCCUACAACACCGCCACAGGUGUCUUCACUGCACCUGUUUCAGGUGCUUACUACUUUACUCUCUUCUAUCAUGCUGGAGGGCAACAUGUAAUUUAUCUAGACCUCUACAAGAACAGCCAGGUGAUCGUCAUCACUUCAGGGUCUAAGACAGACAACGACCCUGACGAUAACGGAGGAAACGCCGUGUUUCUGCAGCUACAGCCGGGAGACCAGGUGUUCGUGAAACUGCGAGCAAAUAAUCAUGUCUGGGGAAGUGAUUACUUUACCACUUUCAGUGGUUUUUUAGUCACUCAGAUGUGAUCACCUCCCAUACAGGGAUAUUUUGUGGAGAAUUAAAAUGACCUGUCUUUAUCCUUUAUGUGGCAUAAAAAUAAAUGUAAGAUACACGUAAGAAUAAAAUAAUCUGCAAUGAAAA